GGGCCAGAUCACGCGCCCGUGUGUGUGUGUGCGUGUGUGUGUGUGUUCGCGCCGUGGGUUUAGGGCACCUAGGUCUUGGCCCGGAGCUGGCGGCCCGAUUUCCAGGCGAGCCGCCCCCCCAACCCGGUUUCCCAGGAAAAGAGAACCCAGGCCCGAGAAACUGAGUACUUUCCCCCCCAAAGUUACAAAGCUGAAUUCGACCCAGACCCCGGGACUCCCCCAUCUGUGCACCACCCGGAAGCAUCUUCCCUGCCCUUGACUUUCCAUUCUGCCCUCCUGGCUUCCUAGUUAAGGUUCCGUUUUAUUCAGUGAAGCUAUGGCUGGCGAUAGAGGCUCAGUGUUACUGCUUGCCGAGGAUGUGUGAGGCCCUGGUUUCCACCCCCACUGCCAAGAAAGAGAAGAGGACUCGGGGCCUAGUUCUGUAUGGCCAUGGAGCCGUCCCUUAGUGCCCAGGGAUGGAAUGGUUGUGGGACGCUGCAAGAGGAAGCUUCAGUUUAGGUGACCCUGCCUCCAGCACUGGGAAGCAAAUCCAGGUGCCUGCAUCUCUGAUGGCCUUGUAUUCCUGAUCCUCUUGUGUCAGCUCCUGAGUGCUAAGAUUACAGGUGUGUACUACCACACUGGCCCCAUCAGGACUGAAUGCAUGGCCCCUGCCCAUCCCAGACACAUGGGCAGCACAGAGCCUCAGGACCGCCUUUGACCACCAUCAACCAAACCAUGCGUGCCUGGGGCCGCCCUGGGCCACUGUCCCGGGCACUGCCCCUUGCUUCCUCAGUCCUGAUGCUGCUGCUGAGCUGCCUGUGGUUAUUGGGGGCCGGCCCCAGCCUCACAUUGAGUCCAGAGCUGCUAAUGGAUCCCUGGCAGGUGCACCGGCUGCUGACCCAUGCUCUGGGCCACACUGCACUGCCAGGCCUGCUCCUGAGCCUGUUACUACUGCCCACUCUGGGCUGGUGGCAGGAGGGCCGCCUGGGUACUCUGCGCUUCCUGCACAACUCCACCUUGUUUGCCCUGGCUACCGGGCUGCUGGCUGCGCUGCUGGCAGGCCUCGGGGUGUUCAGUGCAGCUGGAGGCUGUGGGUAUAUGCCUGUCCAUCUGGCCAUGCUGGCAGGGCACAGUUACUACCCCGGAUGGCCUCAGGGGACAUUGCCACCAUGGCUGCUCCCAUGGCUGCUGCUGGCCCUGACCCCGCUGCUGAGCUCUGAGCCACCCUUCCUACAGCUCCUUUGUGGCCUUCUUGCUGGCCUAGCCUAUGCUGCUGGGGCCUUCCGGUGGCUGGAGCUCUCAGAGCGGAGACUGCAGCUGUUACAGGAAGGUGUUCUUUGCAGAACUCUGGCCCGGGGCUGGCCACUGAGGCUCCUUCCCACCCCAGGCAGUCUAGCUGAACUGCCUGUCACUUACCCUGCUGGAGUAAGGCCUGCCACUCUUGGACCUCCUUACCUGGAUUUACCAAGCUCCUGGGCUCACAGUGAUGGCUCUGCCCAGCUCCCACCAGGCCUGACAUGGAAGGACUCAGAGAGGGGCUUGGACUGGGCUGGGUUCAGCUUUGCUCCAGGAACACCAAUGUGGGCAGCCCUAGACGAGCAAAUGCUACAGGAAGGGAUCCAGGCCUCGCUUCUUGAUGCAUCAGUCCAGGGUCCUCAGAACCCACUGUGGUUGCCCAAGUCCUCUGUGUCUUCUCUAAGGCUGCAGCAGCUCCAGCACAUGGGAUUCCCCACUGAGCAGGCUGCAGUGGCCUUGGCAGCUACAGGGCGUGUGGAAGGCGCAGUGUCACUGCUGGUUGAAGGGCUAGUGGAUACUGAGCCCCUCAUGACUGAGGGGAGGAGUGGUCCUGCCCACUGCAAGGACACUGGGCCCUCAUAGUCCAAGGGUAGGCCUGGUCUGAGUCCUUGCCCUGGCUACCGAGGGCGUGGUGGGGUCUUGAAAGCAUCCCUGGGAGCAGGAGUGGGCCCCAGCUUGCUGCCCUGGUACUUUGUAAGAAUAAAAGCUGAUUUGUUUUCCAACCAGGCCUCCUGAGUGGCACUUGCCGUGUUCGGAUCUUCUGUGUUGGCACCAGGGAGGAUGAAGGAGUGAGCAAGCAGUGAAUGAGUGGCUGAUGGCAAAGGGUGACUCCUGGUGUCUAGGACCACAGGGCUCCUGU